ACCUCGCGAUCUCGCGAGAACCUGCGCGUUCGCGACUCAAGCACAGAGCGCAGACGGGUCGAAUAUGGCAUCUAACUGUAAAUAUUUUGACGAGGACUCCGUCUACCGCAUCACUCGCAAGGGACGUAUCGAGUUCGGCCUGGUGCUCGAGAAUGCCGAGUACGUCACCAGCGAGGACGAGGACGAAGUCGGGGCCAACGUGCCCCAAUGGGACCGCAUGAGAAGGGGCCACGUACGAGUCGCAUGGCACCCCAAGGGUCGCGAGGAAGUAGUCUCCGAAAAGAAGGUAAAACUGCACGAUCGCUCUCUCAUGCCUGGCGAUGUCGUGAGGAAAGUGGUCAAGGGUAAAGACACCCAGUUGGGUUACUGUCGCAACACCGAGGUGCUAGCGACCGUCCAGGUCUUGGGAACCAACUGCGUAAUCAACAACGUCAACAGCGUCGAUCUAGUUCCACUGGAGAGGUUUAGCCAAGAUGUUGCCAUAUAUCUUGACUCCUGGGUCGGCAUGGUGCAAAGCUUCAAGACGGAGCUUACAGUCCGAUUUCCUGACGGGUCAACAUGCAUACUUCAAGAAGAUGACGCACUCGACUUGGAAGAUGCUCUAGAUCGGAGACUGCCGUCGUCCGAGUUCAAGGAGGAAGGCUUCUACAAGGGCCAGAGGCUGUGCGGCCCGAUGUCGUGCUUCGAGGGGGCCCGCUGGCUCAACUGCACCAAGGGGACCAAAGCCCUGCUGAGCCGUCCACACAAGCACGUCCGCGUCACCGUGGACGACGUGAAGGUGGUGUACCUAUUUGUGCAAGGUGUGUGCAAGGCUUACCAGGACACAUCCAAUGGGAACAACCAGAAUGAUGAACUCAUCAAGUAUGUCAUCGAAGGAGAGGCACUGGACAGGGUGAAGAUGAUCAACAUAUUCGAGCGGUGUGCUCUGCAGAUUGGGGACCGUAAUUACUACACCCUCAAGGCCACCGACAACAUUGUCACUCUAGACCAGUGGAAGCGACAUUGUGCCUCCAAGUACUCCCCACCUGUUCACAACCCUGAAUGUCCACAGGCUCCCGAAAAUGAGGGCGUGCGGCAGCAACCGGCCGCCGUGGUGGCCAGUCAUGGCGACACGCGCGAUGGCGAGAACAACCGCGACUUACAGGCGUGUCAGGACGGCACGGACUCUGACCUACGAGGACCGUUCCGGCGAGGCAAGCACGGCCCAUCGCUAGCGACCAAGCUGCUCAAGAAGCCCAAGCUUCGUCGGGCGCGCAAGCGUCAGCCCAUCAAGCAGCCCUCCAUGAAGCCCGGGGACGUGCUGGUCACCGAGACCCUGGCCACUUACACCACUGCCCAGGUUGUCUGGCAGGACGGCAGUGUAGAAAAUGGAAUUCCCUCUGCAGACCUCUACCCCAUCCAUCACUUGGAUGGCCACGAAUUCUUUCCUGGGGACUUUGUUGUGGAAAACACAGACACCCCUCCCGCCCAUGAGUACGCAGUGGUCAAGAAGGUGGACCACUCUGGAAGAACGGCGGUUGUGACAAAAUUCAAGACCUACAUGGCCGGCGCAGACCCCCACCCCGAAGAACUCGGCAUUGAAGAGGUGAGCGUCUAUGACAUCAAGGACCAUCCAGAUUUCAAGUACAGGCCCGCGUCCUGCGUCAUCAGGGUGGCGAACUUUGAGGACAAGGAGUCCGAAUCGACAGCGGGCCAGGUGGUGGAUGUCCACCCGGCGGGCAAGGUGGAGGUGCAGUGGGUGAGCGGCAAGACGUCGCUGUGCUACCCACAGGAGCUGUACCGCAUCGGUGAAUACGACUCGGACGACCUCUGGGACGACGGGGACGAGGAGGGCGACGAUGAGUCCUGCUCGGGUGACGAAAGCUGGGAGACCCAGUCGGAGAAGUCACUCGUCGGAGACCUGAUGUCUCCGGAAGACACAAAUGCACCGUCAGAGCUUAUCGAACCGCCGCCCAUCGAUGGCGACGCCACCAAGGACGACAUCUCCGCUGUGGUGGAAGCGGCAACAGCCGCGGCACAGGCGCCAGUUGAUCCUUCGGAUCCACAGAGCCUCCGCGCCAAGAUGCAGGGGCAGAUCGAACUCCUGCGGCUCAGCAUGGCUCGGCUAGAAGAAACGUUCACGCAGAAUCCUGGGCAGCAGUCGUGUUCGGUCAUCCGUAGGCUUCUAGAGUUGUACAGGCAUUGCAAGCACUUUGACCAGCUACUAGGAACCAACUACUUCCAGCAACGGCACCUGCACGUGCUUGUGGAACGCAUCCGGCAGCGGGGCCGCAUCAACAGCCCCCAGCACGUGUCCGAACAGAUCACCCGUCUCUUCUCGGCCUCCCUGGACGCCGCCCUGCACGAUGAGCUCGGCACGCCCGACAUCCCCGAGGAGAACAUCAUCAACGAGCAGUUGCAGGCGUCGGAGGGUGCGCAGUCGCCACCGCCGACGCAGCCGGCCAAGGAAGAGACGGGUACCCAGCACCCUACGAACCCGCAGCCACGGAAGCCCACAAGCGUCAGCUGCCGACUGGAAGGCAGUGGGGGCGGCUCGCUUGAGCCGCGCAACAUCUGCCAGCAGUUGUGUGCCAUACUCAAGGCGAGGUUGCUGCGAGCACACGAGGAUGGUCCAGGUUCGGUUUGGCAUGACGCCCGCUCAGUUGAGAUCGCAGCCAGUGACGCUGCUUCUGAUCCGGACGUGGACGUCGCAAAGGUGGACGAGGCUCUGGAAGCCGUAGCCACUGUCGAAGCCGUAGUGAAAGAAUCUGAGGAAAGCCUCCCAAGAGUCGUCAGCGAAGCUGCUAGUGAGCAGAACAGCAAAGGACAAGGAGUGUUCUCAAUGAUGGAAUCGUGCGACUGUCACAAGUACAAGCUCUCAAUACUGCAGCCAAACGACCCCAAGCUUUCUUCAAAGUUGUCAAAAAAAGAGAUCAAGCUUCUCACAUCAUCCCUACCUGAUGGCAUUCACGUAAAGGCCUUUGAGGACCGCAUGGACCUGUACUCGGUGCUGAUCAAAGGUCCCCGGCGGACACCCUACGAGGACGGCCUGUUCCUCUUUGACUUUCAACUGCCGGCCGAGUACCCACAGUCGCCGCCGCAGUGCCACUACGUGUCGUACUGCAGCGACCGGCUCAACCCGAAUCUCUACGACGGAGGCAAAGUCUGCGUCAGCCUCCUGGGAACAUGGAGCGGCAAGGGCUCGGAAAUGUGGUCGGCAGAAACUCAAGCCUCCUGCAGGUGCCUCGUUUCCAUACAGGGUCUCAUCCUAGUCUCGGAGCCAUACUACAACGAGGCCGGCUACGAGCAGCAGAGGGGCUGCCAGCAUGCUUCCGAGAACAGCCGCAUGUACAACGAGAUGGUUGUGCUCAAGCUGGUGCAGUCCAUGGGGCGCAUGAUCCUGAACCCUCCCGAGGUCUUCAGGGAGGAGAUCGAACAGCACUUUAGGGACAAUGCAGAUAGGUUUGUCAAUCGGCUGGAGGGCUGGCUCAGGCUGUCUGACGCCUGGCACACGAGCUGCCCGGGAUCCCAGGCCACUCCCGAAACACUGAAGGCCUUUGCCAAGCAAGGUGACUAUGGCGUAGCUGGCAGCAGUGCAUUCCCAGAUUUCCCGCUGCUACCGGCUUCCCGAGGCUUUUGCCUGACCCUGCGCAAGGCUCUGACCGGCUUCAAGGAGAUCCUCAGGUCCCAGGGUCUAGGCUGUCUAGCCGAGAUCAGCCAGGGCCAGAGCCACUAGCCAAAACUAGCCCUUCUUCGCCUCUUUUUAAUAUUUUUUUCUUUGAGGGGCUAGCUUGUGUAAAUUGUAAAUUUGAGCAUUGUUGGAAAUUGUUCUUCCACAAGGCAGUGAGAGAAAGCAACUGCUGAACAACGUUAUGAACAUGACGCCGCCGCCGCCACCCACGCUACGGAUGGGACUCUUUUCUUCUCUUUUUUAAAGGUCUUCCUAGCACCUCUUCAAAUUUUAUUUUUUUAUUUAUUUAUUUUUUCUAGAAAGGACUAGCUCUCUCCCUCUCUCAUUCUAUCUACAAGUAUGCUAGCUGCGACGCGCAUUCUCGCGCGUGCUUCGGCGACGCUGCUUUCCUCCGUGCACCGCCGCCUUUUAACACGCUUUUCCACUCGCCCAUUGUGUAGGGGGCGCCUCGCCGCACUUUUUCUAGCACGGCUGGACCCUUUCUCUUGCUCGCUCGAUUGUCCGCAGUAGACAAGCUUUCUAGAACAACACAGCUGCCACCCCCAGUUCCUGUUCGGAUGGUUAGAGUGAUGUGCUACAUGCUACAUGGCUACAAGUGGUAACCUCCCAUCGUUUUGUCAACUCGGUCGGUCGCUCGCAUGUUGGAGGUGCAGCUAGUCUUAGUAGGUCGUGUUAAGCUCUGAAGAAUGGUUAGUCCGAGGGGCACUCGCACCUAUGCCUGCCUUGCCUCUUCGAACUUUUUUUUUUGUCCCCAUUAAACCCGAGUAGUCACAUGCACGGAAGGUGCAGUUUCUGGUGAACUUUUUUUACGAUGUCCGACUUGGUGGGAUAUUGUUCGUGUAGUCGCAACCCAGGAAAGUCUUUCUUUUCUUUUUCUCGGAGGUGUGCAAAGGUUAGGCGUGCAAGUGUCUCGGGGAAAACGUAAACUGAAUUGUCAGCCGGUCGCAUGACCACCAAGUUGUCCUAGAUUUAAGGAGCGCCGCCGAUAUCGCGCAACGUUGUGCAGAAACACAGUGUUUUCGUCAAGAGUGCAUCGACGGAGAAGACGUGCGUUAUCGUUGUGUGGCGACAUCCGCUGUCAAAGAACAAACAGCCGAGUGUGGAACUUUCGGGAAGCAAAGAACUUUUUUUUUUAAUUGAGAGAGGAGGCAUCCCAGUGGAACAGUGUUCGAAGGGAACAAACAAGUGCGGCGGCGACCACCUGUGCAAUAGUGGCACUUGUCAGAGCUGCGGAAAAAAAGGCUUGUCCAUUUCUGUUGGUUAAGUUAAAAAACUUAGAAAUAUUAAAAUUCUUUGAAUUGAUAAAUUAAUGUGUGGACU